AUGGCGCGGCCAUUCAUUUACCCAUACUUUCUAACGUUUAUGGCUAUAUCUUCGGCGCAGGAUUACUACCACACUCCUAGGAUAGGAUCGCAGAAACUUGCUUCGUGCUACAAUAGCGAUGGACAACCGCAACGAUGUAUACCAGAGUUCGAAAAUGCAGCGUUUAUGGUACAAAUGGAGGCAACAAAUACGUGCGGCGACAAUGGCAUGAAGAUGUUUUGCAUCCAGACUUCAGCUGGUACCUCAACUCGGUCCUGUGAUUUCUGUCAACCGGGGCAGUUCUCCAGCUAUUACUUAACUGACUUGCAUUACGAACAGGAUAAUCAAACUUGGUGGCAGUCAGAGACUAUGAAGGAGCAAAUUCAGUAUCCCUACCAAGUAAAUUUAACAUUACAUUUAGGUAAAGCGUAUGAUAUUACGUAUGUGCGAAUCGUGUUUUACUCUCCGAGACCGCAAAGUUUUGCUAUUUACAAGAAAACUAGUGAGGAAUCUGAUUGGGAACCAUAUCAAUAUUUUAGUGCGUCAUGUCGAGACACAUAUGGAGUGCAAGAGCAACGUGCCGCGGAGCUUGGAGCAGAAACGAGAGCGCUAUGUACUAGCGAGUACUCAGACAUUUCCCCUUUAUCGGGCGGGAAUGUGCUAUUUUCAACACUUGAGGGUAGACCUUCUGCGUACACUUUCGACAAUAGUCCUGAGCUUCAGGAAUGGGUAACAGCUACAGAUUUACGAAUAUCUUUGGAUCGCUUAAACACUUUUGGAGAUGAAAUAUUCGGCGAUGUGCAAGUAUUACAGUCAUACUGGUAUGCUAUAGCCGACGUAGCAGUGGGUGCCCGCUGCAAGUGUAACGGCCACGCUUCCGUGUGCGACACACAGCAACUAUCAGACGGAUCUAGAGCUAGAUAUUGCAGAUGUGAACACAACACUGCGGGUCGCGAAUGUGAAAAGUGCUUAGAUUUCUACAAUGACGCGCCGUGGGGACGCGCGUCUCCUACUAACGUGCACGAAUGCAAGGCCUGUAAUUGCAACGGGUUUUCGAACAAGUGCUACUUCGACAAAGAUUUAUACGAGCGAACGGGCCAUGGAGGGCAUUGCAUUGACUGUGCUGAAAACAGAGAUGGCGCAAAUUGCGAAAGAUGCAAGGAGAACUUUUUUCAAGGCGCACAAGAUAUCUGUAUGCCGUGCAAUUGUAACCCUACUGGUUCUCGAAGCCUCCAGUGUAAUGCCGAAGGCAAGUGUCAAUGUAAACCAGGCGUAACUGGAGAUAAGUGCGACGUUUGUGCUCCAAACCAUUAUGAAUUCACUGUUCAAGGAUGUAAGCCUUGUGGUUGUAACGAGUAUGGCUCUUAUGGUAACACUCCUCAAUGUGAUUCUGAAACUGGGGUAUGUCUUUGCAAACAGAAUGUGGAGGGUAGACAGUGUCGAGAGUGUAAGCCAGGCUUCUUCAACCUGGACUUUGAAAACGAGUUUGGUUGUACUCCAUGCUUCUGUUUCGGACAUUCAUCGCAGUGUAGCUCAGCGCCGAAGUACCAAGCGCACGAGCUAAGUGCUCAUUUUAUUAGAGACGCAGAAAAAUGGCUUGCAGAGGAUAGUAAUCAUAGACCUGCACAAUUAAUGUUCAAUGCCAAUACUCAAAAUAUAGCCGUUGCAUCCAAGGAGUCCGAAAUAGUAUACUUUGUGGCAUCAAGUCAGUUCCUCGGCGACCAAAGACCAUCUUACAACCAUGACUUAAAAUUCACAUUACGACUUGGAGAAAGUAGAGGAUAUCCAUCAGCACAAGAUAUCAUCUUAGAAGGAGCCCAAACCUCAAUAUCGAUGAACAUUUAUGGUCAAAAUAAUCCGGAACCCUCUGACCAAGAACAAGAAUAUAAAUUUAGACUGCACGAAGAUCCAAGAUACGGAUGGACUCCCACACUUUCAAACUUUGAGUUUAUGUCCAUUCUUCAGAACUUGACUGCUAUCAAGAUAAGAGGAACUUACAACAAAUUUGGUCAAGGGUAUCUCAUGAAUUUCAAGUUAGAUACAGCUACGAUUGGUAGAGAAAAAGGUUCGACUCCCGCUAAUUGGGUGGAGAAAUGUUCCUGUCCGAAAGCGUACGUCGGUGAUUACUGCGAAGAAUGUGCUCCUGGUUUUAAACACGAACCCGCGAAUGGUGGACCAUACUCUACUUGUAUACCUUGUGAUUGCAAUGGGCAUGCUCAUAUUUGUGAUACAGCUACAGGAUUUUGUAUUUGUAAACAUAAUACUACUGGAAGCAAUUGUGAAUUGUGCGCAAAGGGUUUCUAUGGAAACGCCAUAGCGGGGACGCUAGACGACUGUAAGCCCUGCCCUUGCCCUAAAGACAGCGGGUGCAUUCAGUUGAUGGAUCAAAGCAUCGUUUGUACUGACUGUCCGGUCGGGUACGCAGGACCUCGAUGUGAAGUUUGUGCGGAUGGUCACUUCGGUGACCCAACAGGUCAAUUUGGGCCUCCUAAAGAAUGUGAAGAAUGUCAGUGCAAUGGUAAUGUGGAUCCGAACGCUGUAGGAAACUGCAACAGAACGACUGGUGAAUGUCUGAAAUGUAUCUACAAUACCGCUGGCGAGCACUGUGAUAAAUGUUUAAGUGGAUUCUUCGGAGAUGCCCUUGACCAAAAAAAGAAAGGUGAUUGUAAACAGUGCCAGUGUCACGAGGCGGGUACUUUAGAAAGUGCAGAAGGUCCACCACUAUGCUAUGGUCUUACUGGAUUCUGUUCGUGCCGUCCCCAUGUUGUCGGCAAGAAUUGUGAUAAAUGUGAGGAGGGCUAUUAUGACAUCAAUUCUGGGGAAGGCUGUAAGUCUUGCAACUGUAACCUGGAGGGUUCCUACAACGGUACCUGUCAUCCUGUCACUGGACAAUGUUAUUGUAAGCCUGGUAUAGACGGUAUUCACUGUGACCGUUGCCGAGCUUAUCACUAUGGAUUCUCAGCGGAAGGAUGUCAUGACUGUGAUUGCGAUGAAUGGGGUUCCACCAAUUACCAGUGCGACAUGAUUGGGCAAUGUUCUUGUCAGGAAAAUGUUGAAGGACGCCGAUGCGAUAGGUGCAUGGAGAAUAAGAAACGGCGUGCAGAUGGACAGGGCUGUGAAAAUUGUCCACCAUGUUACAACUUAGUGCAAGAUGCUGUUAACCAACAUAGGAAGGAGCUUAAGGAAUUAGAUGAUAUAUUAGCGAAAAUUUCCAAAACACCAACUGUUGUGGAGAAUGCAGAUUUCGACAAUGAACUUCAGCGCGUUAGAGCUGAAAUUGAUAGAUUAAUUGAAGAAGCACAAGCUGAACUCGGUAGUGGUCCUGGCACCAGCAUUACCAACAAUUUGGCUGAGCUUGCCGAUAGACUUGCUGACGUCAGGAACAUGUUGUUUAAAAUCGAAGAUGAAUGCUACGAAGGUAAUGAUUCAGUCGAACGAAGCAAAGGCAAUGUUUCAAAAGCAGAAGAUACCAUAGAGGCAGCACAGAAAGAAAUUAAUAGUGCUUUAGAGUACCUUGACGGUGAAGGUGCGGCUGCUUUAUCAAAAGCACGUAAUAGAUCCGAUCAGUUUGGAAAGCAAUCGGUAGAUAUGUCAGCAUUAGCUAAAGAAUCUCGUUUGUUGGCGGAAAAACUUGAAAAUGAUGCCAAAAAUAUUAAAGAUAUUGCAGAAAAAGCAUAUAAUACUUCAUUGGCAGCGCACAAUAUAGCUAAAGAGGGUAUAACAAAACAAGCCAAUAUAAGUAACGAAGUGCAAAUUUUAGCAAAUGAAUUAAAUGCAGCAUCCGGAAAAUUAAGCAGCAUGGCGGAGCUCGCAGAGCAAGCUUUAAAGAGAGCUAAAACUGUAUACGAUGAAGCUUUAGGACUAUAUGCUGAAGUUAAUACUACAUUACUACCUGACAUUAAGCUAAGCAAGUUACGACAGGACUCCAUAGAUAUGAAUAGAACUAUUGAUGAGAAAUCAGCUGAAUUGGAACAACUAAUAAGCGUUACUGAAGAUACACUCCAAUCUCUAGAUAAAGAAAUUCGUCGUGGAAAAGAUCUUAUAGAGCAAGGCCACGACAGACAAGACGAGCUUUAUGAUCUUCUAGCUAGACUUGACGAAUUGAAAGCUCAGGCACAAAACGAUGUAGAACUAACAAAAGAAACUUUGAAAGACGCUAAUGAGAUUUAUAUAACACUUAAAGAGUUCAGCGAUCAGGUAACUCAGUCGCGUGAAAUGGCAAAGCAAGCGGCGCUUGAUGUGCCGGGAGUUCAAGAAAAAGUAGCAGCGGCUGAAGAACGAAUUACAAACAUAUCUGAAGAACUAACUACUGCUAGUGAUAAAGCCAAAGAGGCGAGAGAUUUAGCUCAACAGGCUCAAAAAGAAUUCGCUGAUAAAGCUUCAGAGGCGGCACAUGAAAUACGAAAGGAGGCAUCAAGAUCAAGAGCAGAGGCAAGCAAUCUUCGAGAUGAGGCAGACAAAUUAUCUACUCGAGUACAAGGAACAGCAAAACAAAUAAAAGAUCUUGAGAAACAAGCCGAAGAGAAUAUGCAACUGACUAAAGAUGCUAAAAUGAAGGUAGGCCAAGCGAACACUGAUGCUCGUGAAGCCGAAAAGCAAGUCUCUAAAGGCCUAGAAGAUUUAAAAAUUAUAAUGGAUGAAUUACAAAAUUUGCCUACUUUAGAUGAUGCUGCUCUCAACAGGCUGCAGGAGAGUCUAGAUACUGCUGAAAGUGCUCUCCGAAAAGUAGACUUUGAUGGCAAGAUCAAAUCUUUGACAGAGGCGAAGAACAACCAUGAAAGGUGGAGAAAACAGUAUCAAGAUGAACACGAUCACCUGCGCCGUGAGGUGGACAAUGUAAAGAAUAUUUUGGACCAAUUGCCAGAAGGUUGUUUCAAGAGAGUCGUUUUAGAGCCUACUGAGGGCCCGAGCCGACCAGCGACCUUUAGA